AUCACUUGGUGGAUGUCCACGGCUCGUUCGCGGCGAUGCAGGAACUGAAAAUAUAUAUGUCCGUGACAUUCAGAGGUUUUUACGGCUAGAUAACGAUGACGCCAUGGCAGGUUACAACAGCUACAUGGAAGGAAGAAGUACUGCCAAUCAACGUAUAGAGUAUUGGUGGUCCUUUCUUAGAAGAGAGUGUACAGAUUACUGGAUUCGUCUGUUCAGGCGCCUUCUUGACCAAGGCGAUUUCAGCGGCACAUUUUUGGAUGUGAACUUAAUGCAAUUCUGCUUUAUGCAUGUCAUUCAGGAUGAAUUGGAUAGCAUAAUGGAAAUAUGGAACAGGCACUUGAUACGCCCUUCGAGGAAUGCCAAUUCCCCAAGUGGUCGUCCUGACGUCUUGUACCACAUGCCUGAAUUAUAUGGCACUAUCAGCUACCUGUGCGAAGUACCUUCACACCAGACUGCCGUUUGUAAAGAGGAGUGCUCAUUUAGGGGUCCGGUUCCUUGUGACAGAGAUGUAUAUGAUUUGUCCUGCAUGGUGAUGAAAGAAAACCGAUAUCAAUAUCAAAACGAUUCUGAUUCUGCUGUAUUUUUGUAUUUGGAACUAAGACGAACAAUCAGUGUCGCAAUUGUGUGA